AUGAUUCCCGUUAAGAAGAUCUUUGACGGACAAGAUUUGGGUUCGUUCCGGAAAUCUGUAGCGUACCAGAAACUACAUCAAGCUAUCGACACCCUUCUUACCAAAGUAGAAGGUAAGAGUGUUCCUUAUAGGGGACUUGAUCUUUCUAUAGUUACACGAUCCAAGAAAGUUCAAGGACAGAGCCAGGCACAGAGAGGCCGGGCCAAUGGAACGGACAAUGAUCUUAAAGAAGAAGGAUUCGGGUUCGAGCCUGACUUGUACACCGUUUCAACCAAUCAGACGUUUCAUUUAGUGGUGACAGUACUUAACAGAUACAACCAGUACAUUGACGAGACCCCACCAAUCGAAGGACCCCGUCGAUUUGGGAAUUUGGCAUGCAAAGAAUGGCAUCUCAAGAUCGGCAAGGACAUGUAUUUCCGAGAUAAUGAAUCAAUUAUCAGCAGCAGCAAUAAUGUCGAUGAAAUGAUUUACUAUUUGAAUAACUCCUUUGGGUCGUCCAUUAGGCUUGACUUUGGUACUGGCCAUGAGCUUUCGUUUCUUGCGUUCAUGGGUCCACUCAUGGACCAAUUGGAUGGUGAGGAGCUUCUAUAUAUCUUUGGGAAGUACUAUGAUGUAGCUCGAAAACUAAUAGUGGAAUAUAACUUGGAACCUGCUGGUUCUCAUGGAGUGUGGGGAUUGGAUGAUCAUUUCCACUUGAUUUAUAUUAUCGGAGCAGCCCAGUUUCAAAAGACAUCCGACUCGCUGUCAGUUGUUCCUCUGGUGCAGAAUGUCUUGACUGCUCAAGUCAUACACACUUAUAAGCUUACCAAUUUGUAUGUGAAUGGUAUAGCCUUUGUGUUCAAGAUCAAACUGGGUCCAUUCAAAGAGCAUUCGCCAAUCCUAUAUGACAUCCAUACGUCCGUGUACCAAUGGUCUAAGGUUCUUAAGGGGUUGCUAAAGAUGUAUGAGGUUGAAGUGUUUAACAAGUUCCCUGUGGUUCAGCACUUUUGGUUUGGCCAGAUCUAUUCUUGGGUCAACUUCGACACUUUACAGCCUUUACCUGUCAAUGAACCAACUGAAGACAAGCAAGUACAGACUGAUGAUGGUGGUGGACGAUUGCCUCAGAUCAGAAACAACGGCUCCGGUGUGUAUACCACCAAGUCAAACAUCUCAAUGACUGCUGCACCUUGGGCCAUGGGAGGAGGAGGAGUUCACGGUACAAGACUACCUGAAGAAUUCGGAAGAAAGAAAUGA